CCUCCUUGGACCGGUUUGGAUCACAAAUUCACUGACCCUUGGUCCCGGUUCGAUCCUGCAACUGGUGAUAUAUAGCAGCAUAAAUUGUUCCUUUUGGUUUCUGAAUUAGCCAGUUUUCAGCAGCCACAAGUGUCAGAGAAGUGUCGCUAAAUGGAUGAUGAAGGAGUCAUCUUAAUGGAAGGUUGGCUUUAUCUCAUUCGGUCUAACACUAUUGGCUUCAAAUACUCACGAAAGCUUUAUUAUGUUCUUCAAAAUUGUCGUUUCAAGAGCUUCAGAUCUAUCUCACAUUCAUACAACAAGGAUCCUAUUCAAAGCGCAGUUGUGGACUCCAACAUUCGUGUAACGGACGAUGGGAGGAAAUGCAUACGAGGAAAGGUGUUCUUUGUUUUCACACUCAGUGAUGCCUCAAACCAUAAUGUUCAUGUAAAGUUAGGGGCAAGCAAUCCAGAAGAAGCUGCAAAAUGGAUUAAAUCGUUUCGAGAAUUGUCUCAUAAGGUGAACCGGAAUACUGGAAACCAUUUGGAGUGUCCUAAGUCAAACUAUUCUAGUAAAGUGUAUGAUAAGAACGACGUUGAUGGCAUCCUCUCUUUAGCCUCAAUCAUGGAUCCCAGAACUGCUGCCAUGUGUGAACCAUCAUAUUGGACAAUCCUCGGUUGUCGCAAUGGUCUCAGGCUAUUUAAACAAGCAAGAUAUGAAGAAGGUCAUAAUAAGAGAGAUGGGCGUCCGGCAUUAGCAGCUGUUAGUGUGAUAGAAGAAACUCCAGAGGCAGUUUUCCAUACACUCAUGUCUCUUGGUUCUUCAAGAUCACAGUGGGACUUCUGUUUCCUGAAGGGUAGUGUGAUAGAAAACAUAGAUAAUCACACUGAUAUUAUUCACAAGCAAUUAGAUGGUGAUUGGUUGCCCUGGUCUAUGAAGCGACGAGAUUUAUUAUUGCAACGACAGUGGAAGAGGGAUGACAACGGGACUUACGUUAUUCUUUAUCAAUCUGUAUUUCACAAGAAGUGCCCACAUCAAAAAGGCUUUAUUCGCGCAUUCCUUAAAUGUGGUGGGUAUGUGAUAUCACCUGGGAAUCAAUAUAAACAAUCAGUUGUAAGACACAUGCUUGCUAUUGACUGGAAAUCCUGGAAACAUAAUCUUCGUAAAUCUUAUGAGCGACGCCUCACGAUUCACAUGCUUGAAACACUUGCUGCUUUGAGAGAACAUUUCAAAAUAAACUUCGCUGAUUACUUAUCACCUACAUUCUCGUUACAAGAACCGAAGAAAGACAAUAUGUUGCAUAAGACAAAAGAUGUAUCAGAUGGCAGAAUAGGUGAUGAGUCAGAUGAGUUUUUUGAUUUCGAAGAACCACUGUUUGAUGAUGAAUCAGAAGGUAGUUGGGCUACGGAUAAUAAAUCUAGAAUUUAUUCUACGGAUGCAAAUGCUGUAGUAGAAAAGAAGCAUGAUUUCGUGUGUGAAUUCACGUUUGAUACAAAAUCUAUAUGCACUGCAGCGCAGAAAAAAGGUUGCCCAGAUUCAGAGAGAAUUGUGUGGGAGGAAUGUGUAUCGCACAACUACACAAUCUCUCUCCCAGAAGAUCAAACUGGUGAGCUGCCCCACAGUUGGUCAACAUCAGAUGCUUCUUUAUUUCAAAUUCGAGGAGAAACUUUUUUGGAAGACCAUAAGAAGAUUACAGCAGAAAAUACAUUGCUGCAAACUGCUGCAGUUGACUUGCUAAAAUCCGACAAACGAGAAGAUCAUCUUGCUAGUAGACCAGGGAACAUUGUUCAGAAAUACGCAGCCGAUGGUCGCCCAGAAUUUUUCAUUGUUGUUAACUUCCAGGUCCCAGGUUCAACAAAUUAUAAUCUUGCUUUUUAUUAUACAACGCGUACACAUAUCAAAGAUGUACCGUUGCUUGAGAGAUUUAUAGAAGGAGAUGAUGCAUUUAGGAACUCAAGAUUUAAGAUCAUCCCCCAAGUAGCUAAGGGACCAUGGAUUCUCAGACAGGCUAUUCGCAGACCGACUCUAAUUGGUCAUAUGCUUAAAAUCAACUACAUCCGUGGGGAAAACUACUUGGAGGUGGACAUCGAUGUUGGUUCAUCAGCAUGUGCUAGGGGGUUGGCCGGCAAGACUUUCAGUUGCUUCAAUAACUUAAUAACUGAUACCGCGUUUGUUAUACAGGCAAAUACCCGAGACGAGCUUCCUGAGCAUUUACUUGGAACAUGUCGUUUAAGUCAUCUCGAUGUCUCUAAAGCUGUUUGGGUAAACCAAUGACAUAAACCGAACAAGUUCUUACAUCUCAACCCGAAGGGUGUGCUAUAUUGUAGGUCCAUACCGAAAGAUGAUCGUGGCAUUCUACACUUAGUUAUAAAAAAAGUAAUUGAAAUAUGUAUAAGGUUGUUUGUCUUUUUGUCCCAGUGGUCUAUAUAAAGUUAUAUGGUUUGAGCCUUGUAACAAAUGCAUGAGACUAUAGAUGGUAGUAUAGAUGGUUGGGAUUUUGUAACUUCAGUUGUUUUGCAUUCAUAAAAGUUUCAGAUUAUAUGUCAUCCAAUGAUAUUUGAAGGUUAA